AUGAGCACCGGCACCACCAAGCGUGAUCUGGCGGUGAUCAUCCGCCCAGACCGCUUGACAAUUUCCCUGACGUGGGCCGGCCGCGUGCUGGACGGGCCCCUCUCAAAGCCGGUACGCGCAUCGGACGCCUGCUGGGCGCUGGACGGCGGCAGCAGCGGCAGCGACCAGGGCCUGCUGCCGCGGCCGCCGCCAUGGCGCGGCGGCGCAGGCAGCGGCGGCGAGGCUGGCGGCAGCAGCUCCGGCGUGUUGGGGCCAGGCCGCGGGGCGGAGGCGGCGCCGCCAGAGGGCUGCGUGGAUCUCAUGAUUGUGCUGCCCAAGGCGGAGGGCGGCCGGUUCUGGAAGUCCCUUUUUGAGGGCGGCCCGGAGAAGAGCCACUGGGAGCUGCUGCAUGAAGCGGUCCAUAACGAGGACGACGCGCGGUGGGGUCCUGGGGUCGACGACGCGGGGCCGGAGGCGCAGCUGCUGCUGGAAGAGCUACUGGAGAGGCAGCGCAUGGUGGCUGACGGCAGUUUUGACCUGGAGCGCUCCUUUGACGACUUCAGGAUGGUAGUCGGUGACAACACGCUUUGA